AAUGCAGGAAAUUCCGUCUUAGAGGUCGUAUUCGGUGGUGUCGAAGGGCCAGAGCUUUCUUUCUCUUUUUCUGUACUUUCCGAAACCCUCCGUCGAGGGAGGGCGGAUCCUCCUGCUGGGGGACAGGAGACGUCGGUCGUUUCGUCGAAACGGUGAUCCUCGACAGUCUUAGCAGACUGCCGAAAACUCAAAAACCACUAAAAAGUUUUAAUAAGUGGAUUAUUACGCAAGACGUAACUUUAUUACAGAUAUGAAAGGUUUAGAAGUACAGCAUGAGGACGGAUAUGUAGUACCCGACCAGUGAGAGAGAGAAAACGGAGUCGGAGCGAGCCGAUUUGUGUUUUCUCAGAGGCAAACACACGUGGAUAUUAUUAACUGUAAACAUUGAAUAUAUGUGAAUUAUACAUCUGCGGCUAGGCCGGAAAAUGCUCUACAGAAUGGUAAAAGGAACAAUGAAGCUACAAUGAUUAUAUACAAUAUAUACAGGAAAAAGCGUUGUCCCUCCAAUCAGUUGAAUAAACUGUUAAUUUGAUAAUGAGGGUCCUACGAUCGCUAUGGAAGUGGUGGGGGACCAGGGUUGGAUAAGCCAUUAGCAAAUAGCAAGUAACAAGAAGGGAAGUAAUUACUCCAACGAGUCUUGGUGGUUCCGAGUUGAUGUUACCAAGGCUCAUGAAUGUGGCUACAUGAUUGCUAGUAGCAAAUGAGUGGUUUUGCAAUCAAGAGAUGGGAAAUUUUAAAUCACGUCCAAAAUCUACUUGUUCACAAGAGUUAAUGAAAAAAAUUCUUGACAACUAUGCUAUUCUAGAAGAAAAAUUACAAGAAGAUUUACAGCUUGGCAAUGUUGAAGAACUCACAGAGCUACAAAAAAUAUGUUGUUCUGGCACUGCAGAACACCUAGCAAAUUUAUUGACCUCUGAGACAGCUGGAGAGCGAUUAAGCAAUGGAAUGACCCUUCUCCAUCUCUGCUGCCUUUCCAGUAUCAAACAAAAACUAGAGGAGCAAAGAGAUGUGCAGGAUGAGAAGGAUGCAGAAGGAGUUAAAGAUGUUAAGGAAGCUCCAUGUGUCCUUCAGCUCAUCAAAUCGCCCAGUGAAAAGCAAAAUGGUAGGAAAAGUACCAAGCAGGAAAUGAAAGAUGAUCAAGAGAAAUUUAAGCAUGACCUGAAAUCGUAUAAAAGUAGGGAUAUCAAGGAUCAAGUUCGUCUUUUGUUACGAAAAGGGGCUGAUCCGUCCAUUAUAAGUAAACAAGGAUUUUCACCACUUCACCUUGCCUCGUAUAAGGGUGAUGUUGACUUGGUACGCCUGUUUCUCGACAGCUGCAAUCAUUUAGAUCACACCGGUGCUGGGAGUCUGACAGCUCUUCACAUAUCAUGUUUAGCUGGUCAUUUGGAAGUCACUCAAGCUUUAGCUCAGCGGGGUGCCAACAUUGAAGCAAGAGAUGCUGUUUCUUUUUCACCUCUGCACAUUGCUUGCCUCUUUGGAAAUGAAUCGGUUGUGGAGUAUUUGUUGUCACGGGGUGUAGAUGUGAAUAUUUCAGGGUCUGUAGGUGACAGACCUCUUCAUUUAGCAGCUACCUGGGGUUAUUACAGAAUAACACAGAUGCUGCUUAAAAAAGGAGCUAGAGUAAGGGUUCAAGAUGAAGAGGGUAAUACUGCGCUUCACUGUUGUGUUCGGAAUGGUCACUUGAACAUCCUCAACUUGCUACUGCAACCCCAGUUCCGCAAUGAUGUCUAUAUCAUGAACGUAUAUUUAGACACACCAUUGCAUGUGACAUGUUAUCAAGGAUGGCUUGAAUGUGCAAAGGCACUGUUAACGUAUGGUGGCUCAAGUUUAUUACUGAAAGAAAACCUUUGGGGAGAGACUCCCCUUCAUGCUGCAUGUACUGGAGGGCAUAGUAUUGACCUUGUUGAUUACCUUCUUAGUCAAGAUGCUGCUUUUGUCAAUUACCAGGGUCCAGAUGGCCAUACUCCUCUUCAUUCUGCUUGCUAUCAUGGAAAUACUCGCCUGGUGCAACUUCUGUUGAGUCAUGGAGCAGAUACAAACAUCACAGCACAUGAUAGGAAUAACAAUUGUGACAAAAGGGAUGAGCAAACACCCCUGAUGUGGGCAUAUGAACGAGGUCAUGAUGAUAUUGCAAACAUAUUGAAGCAUUAUCGACGUCCAGGAUUGAAUGAAGAUUAUGCAAGAGCUGAUUACCUCUCUGGUUUGGAUACAUCUUACUUUCCAAUCCCAUCCCCAAUUGGAAAACUCAAGACUAUGAUGCAAGAAAAAAUUGAUGUUUUAUAUCUUCGAUCUGUUCUACCUCCUGACCUCCAUCUCAGUCUUUCUGACAUUGAAAACCUUGAAAAUAUUGACUCUGGAUCCUUUGGAAAAGUUUAUAAAGGAAAAUUCAAAGAUAAAAUUGUGGCUGUGAAGAGAUAUAGGGCAAAUAUGUCCUAUGGAAAGAGCGAUGUAGAGAUGUUUUGUCGGGAAGUUUCAGUCCUAGGCUCUCUUGAUUCACCGUAUAUAGUAAAAUUUGUUGGGGCAUGUCUACAUGAUCCGAGUCAAUUUGCCAUUGUUACUGAAUAUGUGCCUGGUGGUUCCUUAUUCAGUACAUUGCAUGAGCAAAAACGAUCAAUCGAUACCUUGACAAGAUUGAACAUAGCACUGGAUGUUGCGCAUGGGAUGCUGUAUCUUCAUACUCUACCUCAACCAAUCAUUCAUCGUGACCUGAAUUCUCAUAAUAUUUUGUUGGAUGAUGAGUGCCAUGCUAGGGUUGCAGAUUUUGGUGAAUCACGCUUUGUACGAAAUAUAUUUGAAGAAAAUAUGACCAAGCAACCAGGAAAUCUUCGAUGGAUGGCUCCAGAAGUUUUCACACAGUGUACAAGAUAUUCAAUAAAAGCUGAUGUAUUUUCCUUUGGGUUAUGUGUAUGGGAGCUCCUGGCUUCAGAACUACCCUUUGCGCAUUUGAAACCUGCUGCUGCAGCUGCAGACAUGGCUUACAAGCACAGUAGACCGCCCCUGGACAGAGCAUUUCCUACUGAAGUAUCAACUCUUCUUGAGAAAGCGUGGCACAAAGUACCUGAAGAAAGACCAAAUUUUGCUCAGAUAUUGGACGAGCUCAAAACUAUUUGCGAAUCACAGAAUUCUUCCAUGCAAGAUGGAAAUGAGCAUCAUCCUCAUCACCAUCACCUUCAUUCUUUUUGUAGUUCUUGUUCUGCUGGCUCACCAAAUGGCAGUACAACUCCUCUGGACUCUUCUCAGCAAACUAACUCAGAAUUAUCUGGUCAUGUAACAGCUCUGCGCACUCGAUGGGAACAAGAAGCCAGCAGAGGCCAAACUGCUUUCAAAUCUUCUCAUCCUACUAUUGAAGAACUUCGAAGUCGUAUGAAUAACAAUGGAUAUGUAGAAGGGAACACAUAUCAGUAUCGCAUUGCUCCAGUUUUCAAUAAGCAUCGCAAGUCCAUGCUUCAAAAUUUUUGAUAGAAAGCAAGAGCAGCAUAAUCCCAUACUUGUUCUCAUAUAAUUACAUUUGAUUACAGUGCUAUGUGCAACCCAAAAAUAACUUCCAGCCAGAAUUUUGAUCUGUCAAGCUGACACUUUACAAUGGCCUCAACUUCAUCAGCUUAAAACUCUUCCUUUAAUGUUUUAAAAUAACUUUUCACACUGGUACAGUAAUCUUCUUCAAAAUUAACAUCCUUUGUCUGUUCCUGUAUCUUAAAAUGAAUUCAGGAUGACAAAAGAUUUUGCUGAUAAAUGCCUCUUUAUUCAUUACAAUUUAUUUAUUAAGAAUAAUCCUUUAUUUAAAUUAUAAAGCCAUUAAAAAUUUCACAGGUUCACUGUAACUUAUGUGUAUUUAAACACAACUGACAUAUAUAAUGUAGAAGAAUAUUUUGUUUCAACAAAUUUGUCUUGUUAUUGGUCCCCCACUUCUAUUCUCCUCAUGGCAUAGUUUUCAUACUACUUUUGCAAGUGUUUUAUUUGUUAUUUAGGAAGGUAACCCUUGCAACAUUUAGGGUUUUAUCAUAUAUACAGAUAUAUGUAAAGUCAGUUAUAACCAACUUAUUUUUAAAAAAAGACUAAAAAGAA